AUGACACGAUUCCGACCGUGUAUAGACCUACACGCCGGCCAGGUUAAGCAGAUUGUCGGCGGGACUCUCGACAGCGCCUCGUCGGCCCUGCAAACGAAUUAUGUGUCACAACACCCUCCGUCUCACUUUGCAGAGUUGUACCGGAGCAAUUCCCUCGAGGGCGCUCAUGUCAUCAUGCUGGGGCCGGGAAACACGGAGCCUGCCAAGCAGGCGUUGCAGACGUGGCCGGGUCACUUGCAAGUAGGUGGCGGGAUCAACGACAAAAACGCAAAGGAGUGGGUGGACGCGGGGGCUUCCAAGGUCAUUAUCACAUCAUAUCUCUUCCCGGGAGGGAAAUUUAGCCAGUCAAGACUAGACGCUGUUCUCGGAGCUUUGGGCGGCGACAAGAACAGACUGGUCAUUGAUCUGAGUUGUCGCCGGCGCGGUGAGGCCUCAUGGUCUGUGGCUAUGGACAAAUGGCAAACAAUAACGGACAUGGAGGUCAAUCAAGAAUCUAUCAAAGCCCUGGAGCCGUAUUGCUCCGAGUUCUUGAUUCAUGCGGCAGACAAUGAGGGCCUGCAGAAGGGCAUAGACGAGAAGCUGGUGGAGAGACUGGCCGAGUGGUGCUCUAUCCCCGUCACUUAUGCCGGUGGAGGGCGGUAUCUGGAAGACCUGGAUCUCGUCAAGCGGCUCAGCGGGGGCAAAGUCGACCUGACUAUUGGUAGUGCAUUGGACUGUUUUGGUGGGAACGGGGUCAAGUUUGAUGAUUGCGUGGUUUGGAAUAGAAGGCAGGAGGAGUAA